AUGAUAGAGUAUAUCUUGAACGAAACUAGAGUUGGGUACAAUGGCUAUGUUUUAUGCGUCAUUCAUCGUGGCACUAUCAGAUCAAAGAACGAACUGCAAAUUCUUAGUCGUUUCCAGGAAUCAACAAGUCUAAGUCCAAUCCCAUCACUGUUUUUGCAAAACAUUGCUCAGGCGGCACCAGAAACCGCAAGCCAUCAGGAUUUCGACCCAAAUCGUGUGCAGCCUCUUGAAGCCCAUAAUUCGUCAGCGCCGGGAAUGCCCGAUGGCAGCAGGACCAAUUUUUUCGGCGUAACCUAUGACCCAGACCCGAACCAGUUUCAGGAUUUCGACCCAAAUCGUGUGCAGCGUCUUGAAGCCCAUAAUUCGUCGGCGCCGGGAAUGCCCCGAUGGUAG